AUGGUGGAUGCAGGCCUGGUUGACAUCUACAUGCCGGACUUCAAGUUCUGGACUGCCGAGAGCAGCGAGAAGUACGCCAGGGCGGCCGAUUACCCAGAGCGCGCGAAGGAAGCCAUCCAAGAAAUGCACAAGCAGGUCGGCGACCUCGUUUUCGAGGGCGACGGCCUGGCCAAGCGCGGCCUGCUGCUGCGCCACCUGGUCAUGCCCGGCCUGCUGGGGGAGGGGCGCCAGAUCAUGGCCUGGGUGGCCGGGGAGCUGGGGCGCGACACGUUUGUGAACGUCAUGGGCCAGUUCGCGCCGGCCACCAGCCCGCUGCUCGCGAUGGGGGAGCGGCGCAGCAGGCUCGGCCACGUGAGUUAUGAGGAGCUGCGUGCGCGGCCGCCAGAGUCCGAAGUCGAGGGGCUGAUCGCGUACGCGCGGGAGCAGGGGCUGUGGCGCUUCGAGGAGGCGCCGCGGUGGGAGCAGCGCGCGGCAGAGCUGUCUGCAGAGGGAGAGCUCGCGGCUUAG